UGCCAGUCAUAGGAUUAUUUUGACAGUUUUGCCUUUUGACAAGUUUGUGUAAUGGUUCAUGGCGUUCAUGGUGGAUUUUAGUAAUUGGUUUUUCCAAUAAUUUUCCAAAAAUUGUUUACCUUUUGCCGAAAAAAACGGAAACAUGAAUUCCUUAUUGAGCUACGGAAGUGACGAUGAUUUCGACGAUUCACCAGAUGAAAGGAGCGUGCCUGUUGAAUCAUCAAGGAACAUUCGCAAGCAGGAUGAUACAAACUAUGAUGAGGUGCAAAUGAGCCUUAGUGAGACCUAGUAACCGAGAGACCAGAUCACGAAAAUGCCAAUAGUGAACAUCCAUUAGCAUCGAUUCUUUGAUGACCGGUAAAAUGCUGCGAUAGGUAAGAGACACUUUUAUCCCCAGGACUCCAACGAUGAGUCGAAAUCCUCUCCGGCCCAAAGAGGAAGGUACAGUCCGAAAAAUAAAGAGGAUAAGCGGAGAAAAGAUCGACCAGAUCGAGAUAGGUAUAUGGGAAAAGAAAAAGAUGAAGAUAGGAAUGGCAGGAGUUCCAAGGAUGACGAUAGGGAGAGAGGCAGGAAUAGACUGAGUGACAGCAGGGGAAGGGACAGAGACAGGCAUAGGGAUGAAGAUAGAGGUAGAUGGGACGAGAGAAGAGGCAGGUCCAGGGAUAGGUCGAGAGAGAGGGAAAGGUACAGUGUAAGAGAUAAAUACAGCAGAGACAAACCGUUCGAUAGAGAUAGGAGAGACAGGGAUAGAAGACGCAGUAAAUCACCUCGCGAUGGCGAGAGACCGAAAAGUAGGAGCAGGUCACCAAGGAGGGACAGAUCCCGCUCGAACUCGAGGGAGAGAAGGCGAUUUCCAUAUAAGAAAUUCGAACGAGGUGCGAAUAGGGAGAAGUUUGAAAGAAUGGGAUUCGAACCCAAGAAAACUGACAGCAGCUAUGCUGCGAUGGCGUCUGGUGAUGAACAGAAAGACAGAUUUUUCGUACCUGGAAUUACGGGACGCUUUAGAGAACAGAUAGAGAAAAGGAAAUUAUUGUGGCAAAAGAAAGAGGAGGAAACGCCUAAGCAAGGGCCUAGCAAAGCGCCGGUUGCCACCAAAGUAUGGGAGGCUACUACUUUUGCUCAAGACACUGAUGGAAAAGUCGCUAACAAAUUCAAACGACUUAUGGGGAUGAAGGAUGUAGGCGAAGGCAGUAAGCCCGCCACUGAUGUAUUGAAGAAGCAAGAAGAAAUGUUCAGUUCUAUGGAACAGCAGUAUGAAGUUGCCAGGACAGCGACCCAUACGAUGAGGGGCGUAGGCUUAGGAUUUGGAAGUUACCAGAGAUAAUUUAAGACGUACUAUUAAUGAACUUAUGAAUGUCUUUUUGUAUUGUCGCUUUGAAAUAAUAUUUCUUUUAUCUUUCACCUGACUUGUAUAUAAUGGCAAUAGGUGAUCGAGUUGAAUUUUACUAUGGUGGCUAAUAAAGCAUUAAGUAGUAUUAUUGUUUAAA